AACAUACUCUUGUAUCCAAUUGUUAUCUGUAGGAAAUUGCUCCGGAUGGUCAAUGAAAUCAAGCUCUUCGUCAGGAUUGUCUACAUAUUCGUUGUUUACAUGCGGGUCAUCAUUCAAACUGUAAAUGGCAUUCGCGAGGCAAUUUAAUCCACCAUCGUGAUCAUCUUCAAUGUCGGCAGCUAGAUCAUUCCAAUCGUCGUCCUCAUGAAUGGGUUCAUCAUCCUGAUUAUCGUCAUUGCGAAUGGGUGAAUCAUCCUGAUUACCAUCAUUAUGAAUGGGGGCAUCGUCCUGAUUACCGUCGUUAUCAUCUCCUUUCUCGACUAAAUUAUCAAGAACUUCAUUCCAAUUUGCAUAGGAUGUAGAUAGCCUGCAAUAGAUCCCGAAUGUUUACUAGAAGACGUUCAAAUUUCACUUACUAUUAAUUAAAAAAUAAUCAACAUUUUCUUUACCCCUAAUCUUAAUUUUUAUUAGGUGUAUGAAAUAUCGUGGGUUCGUCACGUGAAGUCUCGGGCUGCGCACGUGACGUCGAGUGUUGCGCACGUGACGUCGAGGGUUGGAGAUAGCGCACGUGAACUCACGUGUUUUCUGGUCAUUUGCUCCUUCUAUUUAGAGAUUUACACAUUGUCGGCCUGUGGUGAGCAUUGAUGCCACUCACUUGUAUAGCAAAUACGAAGGCCAUGCAUUAAUAGCGACGGUUGUGGAUGCGAAUGAUAGCAUUUUUUCCUUGGCUUUUGCAAUUUGCGAAGGCGAAAAUGGUAGAAGUUGGCGUUGGUUUUUACAUAACUUGGGGCAUUAUGUUAUACGCAAUCGACCGGUUUGUUUUAUAUCCGAUAAAUUUAGUGGCUUAAAGGAAAUAGUGGCUGAGUUAUAUCCCACUCGACAAGGGCAUGUACACCGGUGGUGUCUUCGACACAUGAAAGCAAAUAUGGCUAAGCGGUUUAAAAAUGAUUCAUUAUUAGACAAAUUCUAUUGUAUCGGCAGUGCUCUAACAUCGGUACAAUAUUAUAAACUGAAAGAUGAGUUACUCGCGCUAGAUCAAGAUGCUUGGAAGUGGGUCGAUGAGCUCGAAGUAUACAAAGAGUAUUGGGCGUGGGCAUUUGAUGGAGGCCGACGCUUCGGGUUGAUGACCACAAAUAUGUCCAAGAGUUUAAAUAGGGUAUUUAAGGGAAUUCGUGCUAUCCCAGUAACGGUAUUUGUCGCGGAAACUUUUUAUAAACUUAAUAGUUGUUUUAUAAAGCGUCGUGAAAAUGGUAAAAGUAUGACGGCCACGUUAGCACCUAAAAUACAAAGUCGGAUUACGAUGAAUAUGGUGACGGCGCGGGGACACCUUGUAUAUCGAUUUGGCCCUAAUGAGUUUGAAGUCCAAACAGGACACUCUGAUUACAAUGUUACCCUUAAUGGAACACAAGCGGAUUGUGAUUGCGGCGAAUUCAAGCUAACGGGCAUACCUUGCUCGCAUAUUUUAACAGUUUGCAGUAAUUCACAACUAAGAAUAGAUUAUCAUAGCCUUUGUUUCCAUUGGUAUACUGUAGAGUGUUAUUGUCAGACAUACGCACCGCUUUUCCAUCCAGUUUCAGACAGACGCUACUGGCCACGACCCCAGGGCCCACCAAUUGUACCGCCUCCCGUGAGAAGGAAGAAAGGUCGACCACGAUCAACACGUAUUCGUAAUAUAAUGGACGAAACAAGUGGGCGACGAACAAAAUAUAGCAUUUGUAAGCAGGGAGGUCAUUAUAGAAACACCUGUCCACAGAAUACAGAGAUAGCACAACAAGGACGUCGACAUCUAGAGGAGACGGGACCAGUUGAUAAGUCCGUCCUGACAGAGCAGCAUCUCCAUAGGUCUUCAUUUAUCAAGACUGAGGAAUAUCGCGGGGUACAGUUCAUAGAGCAUGGCCGCAAAUUAAACCAGUGGGUGCUUGAUCAUCCAGCAGUGCUAGAUUUGCUACGACAGUCUGAAUUUUAUUAUAUUUCUCGACUUAGACGUCUACAGCUGGAUCAAGCAUUAUUAGGAGCUUUGAUCGAGCGAUGGAGACGGGAGACCCAGACAUUUCACUUCCGCCACGGUGAGAUGACGAUUACACUUCAGGAUGUGGCGGUUAUUUCUGGCCUUCGUGUCGAUGGAGCGCCGGUCACUGGGACUACAGUGUAUCCGUGGUCAGAUAUUUGUCAGGCGCUUUUAGGGGUUGUGCCGGAUGACAUCCGAGCUGGGCAGAUUAGAUUUGAUUUGAUAUACCAGCAGUUUCAUCAUCUACAUUUGGAUGCUCCGGCUGGAUUAGUUGCAGCCACUGCACGUGCAUAUAUAUUAUAUCAGAUUGGCUGUAGUCUAUUUCCAGACCCCACCGGAUAUAGGGUUCAUCUUAAGUGACUGCCACUUAUAGCGAAUUUUGAUGCAUGCGGCGCUUUAGCCUGGGGUGCAGCAGCACUGGCCUAUCUAUAUCAAGCUUUGGGAUCGGCUGCAUUAAAAGGAAAGGUCGAAUGCUGUUGCUUCGCGACAUUAGUACAGAUAUUAUGAGUAAUAUAUAAUAAUUGUUAUAUAAAGCUUCUCCUAUUUAAGUUCAACAGUUUAAUUUAUUGUCAUUUAUUUAUAGAUUUGAGCGUGGGACCAUUUUCAUGUCGGCCGACCUACUAGCGUUGGAGCUGUUGCCGACAUGGCUGAUUGCCCUAUGGGUUGCCGGUCGACGAACGCCGGUGGGUUACGUUUUGCAGCAAACGUUAGAACAACAGAUAUUGAGUGCUACAGAGAUGAGUUAGACCAACAGAGAAAGACUCAGAUUGACAUGGCGGCCGUACACAGAUGCUAUUAUAGAUGCGCUAUCGACAUUCUGUGUACAGGGCAGUGAGGUAUGGCGAUCUCGGACGACACUGAUUUGUUUUCAUAUCGUUGAGCUUCACGUGCCGGAUCGAGUCCUACGGCAGUUUGGUCUCCUCCAGCAUAUACCCAUUCCGGUGGAGACCAUCCGGCGCUACACUUCUCAGGGGCGGCCAGAUGAGGAUUAGGCCCACUUUCAUGCUGCACAUAUCGAGAGAUGGGGAGAUAGAUUAUAGACCAUUAUUGACCAGCAUCCGAUUGUCGGUGAUGACCCGAUACAGGCGACCUUGAUUUAUAUGGAGUGGUACUGGCAGAUCACGAGAAGAUGGAUUUUUCGUCCAGUACAGCGUCCAUCAUUGACUUACCAGCCUCGUGGCCAGACCGAGAGAGCUUUGGUGGAUGCUAUUCGACAAACACAGUAUAACAUCAGAAGUCUAGUUCAUGAUCGACCUUCUUACAAUGCAGUGAUGGAGGCAUUGACAGACAUGGAUAUCGAUCUUGAUAGUGUACUGGAGUACAUUCCUACUAUACCUGUCGCCACUGAUAUCAAAGGUCGAGAUUUUGGACAUGCAUCGACAUCGGGUCAUCACCACCGUCAGACACCGACAUCUGCUGGAUCUCCAUCUCCUAGUGAUGUUGCUGAUAUGCCCGCCGCCCCUGAGAGAUUUCCUUUAAGGCCAUUGGACUUGUACUUGCUUUUGCCGCCGCCAGUCUCUAGAGAGCACUUUACAUUCGUCUAUUCUCGAUGUCAUGCCGCGUCUUCAUCACAGGCCCGCUCAACAUCUAGACCAGCCACUAUCGAGGAGACUCAGGCGAUACCGGAGCAUCGCGAGGGCAUUAUGAUUGUGGAUCUCGAUGAGAUGGCCGAUAUCGAGGCAAUUGAUGACGUACCUAUUGCUGAUUUCGUUGUAGAGGGUGGCCGUAGACGUGAACGUGGCCGUGCACGAGGACGUGGCCAAGGACGUCGAGGGAGAGGAAGAUUGAGAGACCGAUUGUAUAUCUUUGAUUUAGAUAACUUAGACUUUGUAUAAUAUUAUAUAAUACUUAAUUUAGUGCAUAUUUGUAUAUUCUCGAAAUUUUUUUUGAUAUUUUUAUUCUGUUGAUUGUAUCUUAUUAUUCCACUCGAUCUGUUGUGUUUCUUGUUGGAAUAUUUGUUAUCGUGAAAAAACUUGUGUUAAA